AUGGAUCCAUCCCUGGAGAUAUUUUUCAGUGCUGUUUAUGGUCUCGAAGAUGGUAUGUUGUGGUCCAGAUGAUGUCAGAGUGGGCCAACUGAUAAAAGAAUAAUCACAAGCUUCUUUAUUUUGCAAUGCAGAUACACUGAAUUUGAUUUGGUGCAGUUCACACAAGGAUCUCACAUCAAAGCAACUAAAACAUCACACAGUUUUGUAAAAAAAAAAAACAUGGCUCCAUAGUUGAACUGUUUAAGAUACGUCAUUGGGAUAAAGAGAAAUGUUAAAGUCAGCCACAUAUUGCUUCAGUUUAUCUCAGUCUGCUCUUAAAAAAAGAAAGAAAACAAAUAGGAGUAAUUUUCACCGGUGAUGACAGGUGAAUGCACAGGCUCAUGCUGUGUCACAUGGAUCCCACCACAGUUUGUGUCCUUGUUUCAUGUGGAUUAGAGCUUAAAUGUCCAUUUGCUCUACCCAUACAUUGUCAGAUGUCUGUAAACAAAAUCCACUGUUGGUUGUCCUUGCCCUAAAAUCCCUCCCUGUCAUUACAGCUCUGUUUACAGGAGGACUUGCACUGUUUGCUAGCAUGUGAUCUCCCCAAGAAUAUACAAUGGUUUGAAGUCACACUCUGACACACAGUUUUCCACCUGAAACACUCAAACCUGGAGGGAGUCAUCAUGACUUUAUCUGUUUGUUGUCUCCUGUCUGGUCGGACCAGGUUAACCAAUCUAGAACGAAUGAUUGGGCACUUUUCUAUUUGGAGACUGUUCUCACCAAACUACUGCUUCUGUUUUACAAUUCGUUUAGUGCUUCAGGCUGGUUGUGCAGUGUUAGCAAAGGACUGAUGAUCACUUUUAGGAGGAGAUGACGUGUUUAUCUCUGCAGCCUACAGCAUCUUUGUGCACAUGGAGUGGAAAAAGUAUGGAUUCUGCAAAAAAAAUAGUUGUCCUGAUUUGUGUGAUUCAUUUAACAGUUUAUUGCUCGUGCCAAAAAUUGAUAUUUUAAUUUGAACACGAUGCAGCUCUCUAAACAGAUUUAUCCUCCAGUUUGACUCCCUGUAUUACUCUUACACAACCACUUGUGAUGGUGCCAAUCAGAUAUAUCUUCAACUUAACCUUCCAGAGGCGGUUCACUUAAUGUAAUGUAUCAUUAUACACUCAUCUUGCAAUUUAUUGGCUGGUAUCAUAAUGUGUGGUAUAACAUUGUAGGUUAUGGUUUUGUAUUGAAUUAUACCGUGAUAUAAUGUGAUGUAAUGUAGUGUAACAUAUGGUAUAUAUGGUAUUGCAUGCCAUCUGGUGGAUUUAUCCUAUUGUACCCUAUUGUGUUACACUUGAUUGUAUCGUACUUUAUGGUAUUAUAUAUCAUGUCGUAUGCUAUUGUGUCACAUGGUAUUGUAUUGUGUCACACUAACCCUACUCUAUUGUAUCAUACCCACUUCAUAAUCAGUUGUAUUGUAUGACAAGUUACCCUAUGGGAAGAAAGCUUUGCUAGAAUUUGCACUCAUUUAUUCACGUAUGAAUACUGCUGGUAUAUCACAAGUGCAUACACGCACAACACCCCAAAUUUAUAUCCCUCCCACCUUAACUGCAGGCCUGGCUCUCUAUCUUGCUCCACAGGGGCACAGAGCCUGACCACAGACAUCACACUGAUUGCUCACCAUGGUCGAGUGGUCUGUCCACAUUCCCACCCUGAUUCACUAUGUGCAGAAAACCCAACAACGGAAAACAGUGGUUUGAGAGUGUCUGGAGGUUUGCGGACAACGUUGAGCGUCCGUCGUGUCUCUCCUAAAUCUAUCCUCCUCCGCAUCCUUUCGACUUCCCUGCUGCAAACAUGGAAACAGUCAAACACAAAACCCAAACUAAUGUCUGAGGAAUGUUUCAGGCCAAGAGCAAAGGGGGUUAAAAGAGAGGGGACUGGAGAGCAUUUAAGCAUGCUGUGAUAACCUUCCCUCUCUCCUGUGUGACAGGUUGUGGCAGGUCGGCGGAUGAUGAAGUGAUGGAGAUGUUAGGAGGCCACGGCCAUUAUGAUGCUGGGUGGCUGUUACUCUGGAACUACCAUCUGCUGAAAGGUCAGUUGCUAGGGGAUGGUUCUCUUGGACCGUGUCUGCCUCCCAGCUGCCAUGCACACUCCCACACACACACACAAAAACACAUAUACACACACACUGUGGCUUGAGAUCGCACACACACUUAGUCGCAUGUGUAUUCAUUGUUCCCCUAAAAUUUGGAUUGAAUUUGAGUGAAUUGGACCCACUUUUUUACCACUGUUAAUCAAUGCAGUCAUUUUCUUUUACUUUAGGUGAGGUUAAAUUGAUUAUAAUUCUUUAUAAAAUAUGUGUGUGACCAGGCCAUAAAUACAUAUCUUCUUACAUAAUUGCCCUGUGGUCACUUAAUGGCACCAGACAAACGCUGCUGAUUCUUACACGAGCGGUGUAAGGGUGUUCCUGUCAUAACAAUACCCUAAUUCAUUUAAACUUGGUUCACAAUCCAGCGCUAAGAUUUCACUGAAUCGUUGGUGCAGCUCAGAAAUCAAACUUAGUUUUGUGAGCCAGAUCCAUGCCACAUUGUCUAUCACAACCACUUUGGGCAGCCUAUCAUUCAGUGUGGUGAUCCAAACCCAAUGUUGAAUUCUUUAUCGUACGCCCUUCAAACCAAAGCCAACUCCACCCAAUAGGGCAAACAUUUCUCCACAAUUGAGCAUGAAUUUUAAUACAUAGCUGCUGAUGCCGUUUUAACAGCUCAGCUUGUUUUGAUAUUGAAAAGUAAAAACUUUCUUUAGUGUAAGUCAUGAACACUGAUUUUUCUUAUAUGAACCUCUCACCCACAAGUCAAACACAGGUUCUGUCUCUGUAUGUCUUCUUGCCAAGUCACUUAAUUAGCUUAAGUUUGACCCUGAACUCCUGUUAUGUCAUGUCAGAAGCAAAGGGUCUUAAAGUGACAGGCACAAAAGACUGUUUUGCACUUGAAAGGGGGAAAAGGCGUAUUUAUUUAAACAAACUUAAUGUGAAACUUAAGCCAUGGUGGAAACCAAAGUCCCGUUUGACACAACAGCUUAGAUGGUGACACAGAAAAUAUUGCAGUGGAAAGAGAUGUACUCAUAAUGUGAUAGAUUACGUCAUCUGAUCAUUAGCAGCUGGAAGCUAAUGGUUUAUUUUGUAGUUAUAGUGGAAAUGAAGUAGCAAAUAGGAACCAGACCUGAAAAAAAGACUCAACUUAAGAACUCUUUUAAUCUCCACUCUUCCAUUUUCCUGCUCUCCUUUUUCACCCGCCUGACUCCCUCACCUCCAGCCUGUGCUUCUCCACCAGUCUUCCACAGACAGUGACUUUUGUGUGGUGGAGCUGUUGUUUUUGUUUGUGUCCUUCUCACCAUGGCUGCCUGCUCGCCGCCUGGCAGCCCCGUGUGUCAAAGGUGGCUGCAGCAGAACAGACUGUGGGAACAGCCGGUUAGCCUCCUCUGGUCCCCUGCUCCCCAACCAGAGGGGCAGCCAUCAAUCCAGCACUCCCCCUUGCUCCCUGCACACACAAAUGCCCAACCAAACACACACUCACACAAAAAAGGCCUACAACGCUCACACCGUCUCCCAAUAAUCCUCGGAAGCAAUUUCAUCUCGACUCGGGUGGCGGCCCAUUGUCGCCAGCCCCUUCAAUCUUUCCUUAUUAACUCUCGCUUUGUCCCGCAUCCGAGCUUCUGGACUCAUCUCUCCUACAUUCCGAUCGGUGCUGCUCCCAGUACUCCCAGGCAACCUCCAUUUGCUAAUCCCACUGCCUCCCCCACCAGCCGCCCCACCCCAAGGAACUCUUACUGCUUUUUUUUUUCCCAACCUGCCGAUCACCUACUUACAGAGUAAGGUAGGGGCAUUAACUCUAUGGGUUUUCUGAAGGCAGAGUGUGAAGGCGGGGUGGGUGAAGGAGGAGGCGGCCACAAAGUGACUCCAGCCCAGACAAUUAGAACAAUGAGCCGGGCCUGUAGGGGGCUAACUUGCUGCGUCACGCCUGGACGGUGGGGUAUUUUGUCAGUUUAAUGAAUUGUCCGUCAGGCCAGGGCCACAUCGCAGGCUGCGCAGGGAGAGGCCAGCAGGGACCCAGACACUAAGUCGGUAUUUAUUACACUGCCUUUGUCACUAAUUGAGCUAAUUAUCACUGACUCCUCAGCACUCCCACAGGCAGCACCCCCUCCACUCACUCUCUCCUCCGACUCUUCCACCUCACUCUCACGCCUGGGAUUUGAACUCUGCCUAUUUUCUUUUCUUCUGAAAUCUGUCCUCUACCUCUUUUAAUGCGUCUUUGUGUCUGUGCAAUUAUCUUUACUCUGCAACACUACAGGGUUGUGCCGUUGUCUCUCUCUCUCUCUCUCCCACACGUACAUACACACACAUUGGUGUCACAACAGGUGUUAACCUCAGUGACAUAAACAGAAUAUAAAAAGUCUUUUAUUAUUUUUAUCUGAUUGGUUCGUGACACCCUUCUCCCCCUUCAUCUUAUCAAGAUUGCAGAUUUUAAAUUUCCACUUUUUUAACAUGAUGACUAAUCUCUUUUCAGCUGUUAUUACAUAACUAAGUCAUUCCUGUUCAUGCUACAAACUUUAAGUUAAACACGCCCAUGUGACCGUUGACUUUCAUUCAUCAUUCAGAAAAUUUCUCAUCCUUGUCUCUAAUCCCUGGUCACACUGUCUACUCCUUACAGCUCCACCUUUCUCUCUCUCUCUCUCUCUCUCUUAUCAGGUCCUUUGGUUGUUUGGGUGUGUAAUAGCGGCCUCAAUUUGCCUCCUAUGUGCUCCAUCUGGAUGACCUCGUCUGCUCCUGUGCUGUGGUGGGCUAAGUUUGCCAAACUUCAGCGGUUGGUAAGGUUGCCAGGGGCUCAAGGCUUUCAUUACCCUUCAUACUGUUUUAUUUCUUUAGUUUUUUCCUGACAUUAAGCAAAUGAAGCGUUACAUUCAAUGCAGUAGAUUCCUAUACUGUAUGAAAUAAGUGGCUGUCUGGGCUGGAUAAGGAGAGGCCAUCUCUGUGGUUGGGGGCACAGAUGCAGGGAUGUUUUGUGAGCUGGAGAAAAAGGCCUCUUUGGUGGUGGUAAUAGGAUUAGGCAAAGGACACCCAGGGAAAGGCUUAUAUGUUCACUUGGUUGGUUGUCAAAACUUUCUCAAACACAGAAACUACAACAGACAUUAAGGCAUCCUUUGACACAUUCAGGAGAGCAACUUAAUUGAAAAUAUAGACUUUAUUGUUCUAUAGUACAAUACAAAACCAACUGGAGUCUAAAUCUGAUUUGAAUCUAAAAAAAAUGUCUUAUUUUACAUCUCUCUAUGACAGUAUAAAAAUCUUCAGAAAUAAAUAUUUCAUAUUUACACUAAUAAAAAAAAAAGUAAAUAUUCAGUGCAUGAACACAAGUGUCUGUACAAGAAACAAGCAAAGAAGUGAGACGAGGCGGGUUUGGGUUUGGGUUACAUUACACUUGAAACAGAAAAGGGCAGGAAAAAAAUCAAAGCUUUUUCAGGCUUGACACCAAUGAUAGAGUAUUUUCCAGCCACUGACCGGUCCAUUAACCCCCAAAUUCAAAAAUUACAUCAUUAUAAAUAUAUUCAUUUACAUCAUAUUUACAGCAUUUUGGUUCUCUUAGCUGAUAUACAGUAACUUAUCUAGGCUUUAUUCUUACACUAUUAGCUAAUAACUGGAAUUUGGUGUCUUUGUUUUUUGUGUUGUUUUGUUAAGUUAAUUCAAUGAAUGGCACUCACUUUGAGACCAUUAUGAGACCCUGCAGAUCACAUUUCAUGAAUUCUUGAAUACUGACUUCUCACAUUUGACAAUGUAGUACAUGUACUGUAGCUGUGCCAUGAUAUUCAGUGUAUGGAAAAUACAUUCAGAUUACAUUGCCUCAGUACGAUUUGUUCCGUUUUGUUUUCCUUGGCGGGAGUUUGUCCUGGCCAUAUAACUUAAGGAUCGAUCAUCCUGCAUGUGGUUACUUAGUCAGUAUGGCAAAUCGGGGUUCAUGAGUGUUCAUUUCUGCUAAAAUCUAAAUAAUAGAACAAAUGUGGCAAGGAAAUUAUAAGUGGUUGGGCCGUCUUCAGACGCUACAUCCACGUGAGAAAGAAACUUAACACAGUUUCAUAUAGAAGACGCCAAAUGAGAAAAAAAAAACACCUUUUUUCUAAAUGUAAGGUCUACAUUGUACUUUAA